UAGUUGGAGCGGCAGUGCGCGGAGCUCGCCGUCAUGGCCGGUUCGAUGGAGUCGUUGAUCCAGCAGCGGCGGCGUCUCUACAAGGGCUCCCGAGCCCCGUCUUGGAAGGAGACCUACCGGCAGCGCUGCGUGGAGAGGUUGAAGAACAGCCGGGCCAGGCUUUUAGACCGAUACCGCCAUGUGGGAGAGGAUACUGCUGCUGGUGAAGGAACAAGAAGCUCCCUUCUAGUCCAGGAGGUGAUGGAGGUCGAGUGGCAGGCCUUGCAGUCGGUGGACGCCAAACUGCCGUCCCUCUGGAAGAAAGACACUUCCCUCCACGUUCUGGAAGACUCCAAUGAACUAGCCGUGUUGGAGGAGAUCCAGAAAGAGCUGAUCUUGCAAGAACAACUGGCUAUAGAGGAAUACGAACAAAGCCUUCAGUUUGAUGAGGAGUGCCUCAAUGCGAUGCUCGAGGGCUUAGAUGCUGAACCCAAGGUGAUCUGCCCAGUCUGUCAAAGGAAUAACCUCACCAUGACGAGUCACGUGGUCACCUGUACCUGCGGACUGUGCAUCGGCACACAGGGGGUGACCGAAGAGAUGCUUCGGUCACUGCUAGCUGAUGGGGUAGCGGAGCACAGCCAACACUGCCAGCACAGUCCUGAGUUCUCUGUAACUAGCGGGAUGGAUGGAGAAACCAACCUUCUCAUGAGUUGUCAGAUUUGUGAUUUCUUGGCAGUCAUUUUGUAACCUCAGCUUUGCUGGAUUGUCUUCUGGGAAAGAUGCAGCUCUGAGAGACUCCUUUUUUCCCAAGCUUCAAAUGUUUGGAAGGCAUCUUGUAUAUCUUGUUAAUAAAUGUAUGUUCUCAAUGCACAUAUUGUAUAUAACUGCAAAAAGUAUUCUUUACUGCUAUAUAGAAUUUGUAUUUUAAUUUAAAUUGAACUGUGUUGGUUUGUACACUGUCUUACUAAAUAAAAAAU